AUGCAUACACGGCCCGUGACGCAUGCCGACAUCCCCGGUAUCGUGGAUGGCAGUGCUGCAUUUCUCGACGCGGAGCUGAAUGUAUGGCUCUACCCUCGCCGUCGUGAGUUCCCAGAAUGCUGGCGCGCACGCAUCGUCCGCGCCCUGCGCUUGAGUCUCGCGAAGCCAGGUAUUCACUCAUUCGUCUGCGUCACCGACGACCAAGACCCUGCAGACUGGCCUCGCGGGAAAAUGAUCGGGUACUCCCGCUGGGAGUGGAACGGUCUCAAAGAUGAUCCUCGCACUUUGAAAUGGCGGUCCAACAACACCGGGGUUGCCAAGGCCUUGGAGAGGACGCUGGUGGACUGGGAAAACCGAUAUGUCGACUACUUUCACUUGGACAAGGCUCUCCACUGCGAGCGCAAGGCGGUUUUCGACAAGGAGAAUUCGGAAUCGGGGAACCCUUACGCGCCGCUUGAAUCGUUCUGGAACCUACUUACUCUUAACACUCAUCCGGAUUGGCAGGGCAAGGGAGUUGGGAAGAAGUUGAUGGAAUGGGGCCUUGAGCGCUCGAGAGAAGACGAAGCCCUAAUCAUCUUGAUCGCAACCACUGCAGGUCAGCGCCUAUACAAGAAGUUGGGAUUUUUCAUAGUCGGAUGGGCCGCUAACGAAAGUAUGGCGUGGGCUGAAUAG